CCGGUGAUAAGCUCGGUGGAUAGUCCUCUGAUUAGUGUGACCGUCGCACCAUCAACCGCAUUGGGGUGGCACUCUGGCACUCUGACACCGAUCUGGCAGCACCGUCAUGUGUAUAAACAACAAAAUCCGUGGAGAUUUGUGAGAAAAACGAUAAAAACGAAAAUACAUAAGGAUGCCCGAGUGUGCGUGCCCCCCGGCGUUGUUGGUGUUGUACAUAUGACCCCCUUCCCGCCCCGCCCCACUCCAGUGCCAGUGGCCUGCCAGUUUGCCGAAAAAUUACGGUCAGUGGUAGCUAUGGAGGAUUCCACUGCGGCACCACCACCACUCGGUCUCACUUUGUCGGUGGAUGGUGGUGGGGGUGGAGCUGUUCCUCCCCCCAUCGUUUCAACCGCGGCCCCCCGCACUACAACAACAACAGGCGUUGCAUCACGUGGCCGUGGGCGGGGACGACCGCCCAAGGUAGCCCCACAGCCAUCUGCUCCGUCACCAGCACCGACUAGAGCCUCCCCACUGCCCAGUGCUGCUGUUACGUCGCCCCCCUCGCCAUCCUCGCUGGAGGACGGAGAUUCGACGUGCCGGCGCAGCUCCCGGAAGAAAAUCAUCAAGUUCGAUGUUAGGGAUCUGUUGAACAAGAACCGGAAAGCGCACAAAAUCCAAAUCGAAGCUCGGAUUGAUUCCAAUACCAGCUGCCCCCCAAAUCCAAAUCCGAUGGCCGCCAGUCCAUCUGGGACGACGCCGCCGGUCAAUCGGGUCUUCUCCAUGUUCGAGAAUAGCAAGGUGAUGCCACCGAAGCCGCCGCCCACUGCCCUGGAGCUGUUCGCCAAGCCCCGACCCACCCAGAGCCUGAUCGUCGCCCAGGUGACCAGCGAACCGAGCACCACUGCCGCCACUUCGGUGGCCCCCACUCCGCCGGUGCGGAAGCGAGGACGACCCCGGAAGAUCCAGCCAACAGCCGAGCAACAGGCACCCAUGCCGAUAACCUCCGACUCGGAUACCACCACCUCCACGGGCAGUGGAGGCGACAGUGGUGACGUGGUGGCUGCCGCCCUCGAUCCCGCCAAGCGGAAGCCCAAGUCCAAGCUGCGGGUGUCUCUCAAGCGGCUGAACAUGUGCCGGCGGCAGGAGUCCACCGAUUCCGGGGAGAUGCCUCUGAACAUUCGAAUGCUGGGAGCCGGAGGCAACUCCUCCUCCUCCUCGCCGUCUCUGUCGGCGCCCAUGAUCCAGGACGAGAAUGCCAUGGACGAGCAGCCGAAGCCCAUGGCCAAGGAUCCAGUCACUUCUGUUAUUUCCGUUCCGGAUGAGAACACCGACUCCGACUCCCAGAUCAUAUUCAUCGAGAUCGAGACGGAGGGCAAGGACGACGACACGGGGAUCGAUGGAGGCGACGGCCAGGAGAUCCAGGUACUGAUGCCGAGGUCGGGAGCCGACCACGACUCCGAUGACAUGAUGGUGGAGGUGCUGAGUGGCCCGCCCAGUCUCUGGUCGGCCGACGACGAGGCCGAGGAUGAGGAGGAGGUGGCCCGGAGAGCCGCUCCCGAGCCCGAGGAGACCGAGUCCUUGUCGGCAGCACCGCGCCGCAGUCGCCGGUCCGUUCGGGGCGGGAGCAGCAACAGCCACCAGGGCAAGACCCUGGAGGAGACCUUUGCCGAGAUAGCCGCCGAGAGCAGCAAGCAGAUCCUGGAGCAGGAACAGGAGCAGGAGCAGGAGGAGCAUCUGCUGAUCGAUCUCAUCGAGGACAGCCAGAGCCAGCCGGGAGCCAGUGGCGCUGAAAAGGAUUUGGUGAAGGCGGGCUCGGCACUGCACAAGGCUCUUAACAGUCUGGAGCCUCUGGACAAGGAUCUCCCGGAGGGCACAUCGAAUAUCGUGGUCAUGAUGAAGAAGCUGGAUCCCACUCAGUACAGCCUAAAGACCAGUCCAAAGGUGCUGAUCGAGGAGAUGGCGCCGGAGCUGAUGGCGAAGAAGGAGCUGGAGGGGGAGAAGGAGCAGGAGAAGGCUAAGGAGCAAGUGCCAGAGCCGGAGGAGGUAAAGGAGACAGAGACAGAGCCAGAGCCGGAGAAGCCGCCUUCCUCAGAGCCGGAGCAAGAGACAGUACCAGCAGAAGCUACUCCCGCAGAGCCAGAACCAGAAGCCACCAGAACCACUCCCAACCAGACCACCUCAGCUGAAGCAACAAAGUCCACGACCGAGACAGAAGAGGCGAAGACGGAGACUGCCGAGACAUCUCCCGACGAUGACACCACCCGACUGGAGGCUAAACAAUCCGAGGAGCCAGCUCGGGAUCAGGUGGCGGGGCGGCCAGGUCCAUCCGACACCGAGGUGAGUGCCGGAGAAGUGCCGCUCGGCGAUCGGGUUGCAGCGGCGAUCUCCGAGAAGUCACCAGAGAAGGUGGAGGCCAAGGCGGAGGCGGCGGAGGGCACUGAGGUGGAGGUGGAAAGCAAGCUCGUCGAGACGGAGGCGGAGACGGAGACGGAAGCGAAGACUGAUCACAUCACUUUGAAGACUGAGCCGGCAAAGAGCGAAGAGAGGCCGGAAGAAUCAGACCCACAACCACAACCAGAACCACAACCACAACCAGAACCAGAACCAGGAAAGCUCAAAUCCCUGCCACAGAAGAAGGAGGCGACCAAGAUGCCCACAGAUUCCAGAAAGUCUUCCAGGAAAGACAACGAACUAUCGAAAUCUUCCAGCACAGAAGACAGCGAACCGGGAAAGUCCAGCCGAAAGGGGGACAAGGAGGAGAAGAGUUCCAAGGACUCCACGAAAAGGGAGAAGCUCAAGGACUCCUCCCGCAAGAACUCCCUCUCCAAGAAGGAUUCCGACUCGGAGAAGACUCCCCCGGAGCGCAUUUCUUCCGUAGAAUCGACUGCCAAGAAAGAGGUUUCUGCCUCUUCGGAGAAAUCCAAAUCUCAGCCAGAAUCGGAGGCUUCCGAGGAGAGUCUGAAGAAGCCAUCUUCCAGCCAGGAAGCCUCAAAGGCCAAGGAGAAGUCCUCCGCCACCGUUUUUGUGGAGUGCGAUGCCAUGUUCAAGGCCAUGGACAAGGCCAAUGCCCAGCUGCGUCUGGAGGAGAAGAGCAAGAAGAAGCUCAAGAAGGUAGCUCCACCACCGCCCCAGCCCCAGCCGCAGUCCCAGCCCCAGACCCACACCAAGGCGACCAAGUCCUCCUCCGCAUCCACCACGCCAGCCCCGUCGAAGAAGUCCCACACUAAGGGCUUGUCCAAGUUCCGGAGGAACACCAUGUUCGAGGACGCCGAUGCCCUGUGGAGUCCCAGCUCGCCCGCCGACUCCGACUCCAGCCGGGUCGCCACGCCCAAGCCGAAGAAGUCCCGGCCGAAGAAGAAGCCCGCCGGGUCGCGGCGCAGCACGAUCUCGGAGGAGGCCAAGCACCUGGGCGCCAGGGGCACUCCCAGCGUGGACCUGACCGGCGGCUCCUCGCCCAUCUCCACCUCCUCGGAUGCCAGCUCCAAGAAGGCCCGUUCCAAGCGCUCCACCCCGGAACUGGUCCCGGCUACGGGUCUUAGCAAGCUGGAGCUGCGCCGGAACACCAUCUGCGAGGACCGCCACCCGGUGGAGAAGCCCAAGGCGGCAGUGCCUCUCACCAAGCGACGGUACUCGGUGCAUCCCAAGGCCUCGGCCAGCCCCCAGCCCCAGGAGGCGGGCAAGUCGGCGGCCGCCAAGAAGAAGCCCCGGAAGACGCCCAAGGGCGCCAUGAGUCGCCAGAACUCGCUGGACUCCAGUUCGAGUGCCUCGCUGGCCGGAGGAGCCACCGCCACUGCCGCCAAGAGGAAGGCCCAGAAGUCCACGGAGGCCCUCCAUGCGGCUCUCACCGAAACCGAGUCCUCGGAGUCCACGUCCUCCGGCAGCAAGAUGCGGCGCUGCGACGUCCAGAUCUCCCCGGAACUGGAGGCGCCCGAUCCCCUCAAGGACAUCGCCAAGUUCAUCGAGGACGGCGUGAAUCUCCUCAAGCGGGACUACAAGCUGGACGAGGACCAGAAGGAGGAGCAGCCGGGCGAGCCGACCAAGGUGGAGCCGCCCCAGCAGGACAACCAGGAGGACGAGUUCGCCCAGCGAGUGGCCAACAUAGAGACGCCGGCCACCACGCCCUCACCCUCGCCCACGGAGGAGUCAUCCUCCACCUCCGCCUCUGGGACGCAGCUCCAGGAGGGGAAUGGCGGCGUGAGGCGCUCCCAUCGCAUCAAGAAGAAGCCGCAGGGAUUCAAGGCCGGCCAGGCCAGAGGAGUGACCAGCAUGGCCCUGGCGCCGCUCAGCAUGGACGAGCAGCUGACCGAACUGGCCAACAUCGAGGCCAUCAACGAGCAGUUCCUCCGGAGCGAGGGCCUCAACACAUUCCAGCCGCUGAGGGAGAACUACUACCGCUGUGCCCGCCAGGUGAGCCAGGAGAACGCGGAGAUGCAGUGCGACUGCUUCCUGACCGGCGACGAGGAGGCCCAGGGACAUCUCUGCUGCGGCUCUGGGUGCAUCAACCGGAUGCUGAUGAUCGAGUGCGGACCGCUGUGCUCCAACGGGGAUCGGUGCACCAACAAGCGCUUCCAGCAGCACCAGUGCUGGCCCUGCCGCGUCUUCCGGACGGAGAAGAAGGGCUGCGGCAUCACCGCCGAGCUCCAGAUCCCGCCCGGCGAGUUCAUCAUGGAGUACGUGGGCGAGGUGAUCGACAGCGAGGAGUUCGAGCGGCGGCAGCACCUCUACUCGCGGGAUCGGAAGCGCCACUACUACUUCAUGGCGCUGCGGGGCGAGGCGAUCAUCGACGCCACCUCCAAGGGUAACAUCUCGCGGUACAUAAACCACAGCUGCGACCCGAACGCCGAGACCCAGAAGUGGACGGUGAACGGGGAGCUGCGGAUCGGGUUCUUCAGCGUGAAGACCAUCCAGCCGGGCGAGGAGAUCACCUUCGACUACCAGUACCAGCGGUAUGGCAGGGAUGCCCAGCGGUGCUACUGCGAGGCGACCAACUGCCGGGGAUGGAUCGGCGGGGAGCCGGACUCGGACGAGGGCGAGCAGCUGGACGUGAGCAGCGAGAGCGACGGCGAUGAGGAGGAGGAGGUCGAGACGACGGCGACGGCGUCGGCGUCCGAGGGGGCAGAGGCGAAGGCGCCCAAGAUCAAGGCCAGGACUAGGGUGAAGGGCAAGCCGGCCACCGCCAAGCCCGGCAAGCGCAAGGAGCAGCCCAAGGCCAAGGAUCGCGAGUACAAGGCCGGAAGGUGGCUGAAGCCGAGUGGCGGAGGAGCAGCCGGCUCAUCCGCUCCGGGGGAGAAGGCAUCCCGGGCCAAGCCGAAGGUCAGCAAGUUCCAUGCCAUGCUGGAGGAUCCGGAUGUCGUCGAGGAGCUCAACCGGCUCAGCCGCAGCGGCCUGAAGAACCAGCUGGACACGUUACGGUUCUCGCGGUGCAUGGUCCGCGCCAAGCUGCUCCCGACCCGCCUCCAGCUGCUGGGCGUCCUGACCCGCGGCGAGCUGCCCUGCCGGCGGCUCUUCCUCGACUACCACGGCCUCCGGCUGCUCCACGCCUGGAUCAGCGAGAGCGGCAGCGACACCCAGCUGCGGCUGGCCCUCCUGGAGGCGCUCGAGUCACUGCCCAUUCCCAACCGCACCAUGCUCAACGACAGCAAGAUCUACCAGAGCGUCCAGCUGUGGAGCAGCAGUCUGGAGGAGCCGGGUCAGGGAGAAGAUGGAGCUGCUGCCGCCCAGCAGGCUCUGCGAUCCCGGAUGACGGCGCUGCUGAAGAAGUGGCAGGCCCUGCCGGAGAUAUUCCGCAUCCCGAAACGGGAGCGCAUCGAGCAGAUGAAGGAGCACGAGCGGGAGGCCGAUCGGCCGCAGAAGCCGCCCUUCCACACCAGCACUGCCCUGGAGGAUCAGCGGGAGCGGGGAGAGACCAGCUCCUCGGAUCGCUACCGGCAGGAUCGCUUCCGGCGGGACACGACCAACAACCGGAACAACAACAAGCCCACCCGGAUGAGCGGCAACAACACCAUCUGCACCAUCACCACCCAGCAGAAGGGCAACAACGGCGCCAUGGACAACAUGAACCGGAUGGACCGCCGCCGCUCCGAUCUGGGACCCACUGUGGGCGGAGAGCCCCGCCGGGUGCUCUCCAAGGAGCUGAGAAGGAGUCUGUUCGAGAGGAAGGUGGCCCUGGACGAGGCGGAGAAGCGGGUCUGCAGCGAGGACUGGCGGGAGCACGAGGCCCGGUGCGAGUUCUUCGGGGCGGACCUGAGCACCGAUCCCAAGCUGCUGCCCUUCUACCAGAACACCGAGACCGGGGAGUGGUUCAACACGGAGGACAUGCCGCUGCCGACGCCCCAGAGGACCGACCUGCAGGCUCAAGCCAUGCUUUCCCCGGAGUCGGACGGGGGGCCGACGGCAUCGGGCACCGUGGAAUACAAACUGCCGGCCGGAGUGGAUCCCCUGCCGCCCGCCUGGCACUGGCGGCUGACGCCCGAGGGCGACAUCUACUACUACAACCUGCGGGAGCGCAUCUCCCAGUGGGAGCCACCCAGUCCGGAGCAGCGCCUGCAGACCCUGAUCGAUGCCGAGGAUCCUACGAAGCAGCCGCCCCUGCAGGAGCUUCAGAUCGACGCCGAGCAGCUGGCCAGCGAGCUCAUCCAGGUGGAUGUGGACUAUGUGGGAUCGCUGAGCACCAAGUCCCUGGCCCAGUACAUCGAGGGCAAGGUGAAGGAGCGACGGGAGAUGCGCCGGAACCGGCUGGUGUCGAUCUGCCUGAUCAGUCCGCGCCGGGACGAGGAUCGGCUCUACAACCAGCUGGAGUCGCGCAAGUACAAGGAGAACAAGGAGAAGAUCCGGCGCCGCAAGGAGCUCUACCGCCGACGGCGACUCGACAUGGCCAUCGCUGCGCCCGGUGGCUCUGGCACUUCGGAUGGCAGUUCUCCAAGCAACUCACUGCCCAUCCAGGGCUAUCUCUACUCCUCCGACGAGGACGCCGCCACGGAUGCGCCGGCGGCGGAGUUGCCGCUGAUCGAUGGCGUGGUGGCGGGCGGGAUGCAGGUGGACGAACUGGAUGCCCUUAACCUGGAGCCGAGCACCAGUCAGGCGGCAGCAGCAGCAGCCGCGGCGCUGGCCAAGCAGGAGGAGGUGGCCGCCUCGCCGGCCCAAGUGGGCGGGAAGAGGAAGCUACCAAUGCCGCCACACAUCAGCGACAUGAAGCGGCAGCGACCAGACCAGCGCAUCAAGAAGAGCAAGACAUCCAUGUUGAACAACAUCUCGAUUGGAGGACGCGAAGCCCAUGACAAAUUCCGGUUCGAGAUCAGCGGCCAUGUGGCGGAGUUCCUGCGUCCCUAUCGCAAGGACAGCUGCCAGCUGGGAAGGAUAACCAGCGACGAGGACUACAAGUUCCUUAUCAAGAGAUUGAGCCAUCACAUCACCACCAAGGAGAUGCGCUACUGCGACAUGACCGGGAAUCCACUGGCCUGCACCGAGUCGGUGAAGCACAAGUCCUACGACUUCAUCAACCAGUACAUGCGCAAGAAGGGACGCGUGUACAGGAAGCCGGCCGACGAGACCGUAUUUUAAGCCCAAAACCAAAUUAGUUCUACGACUUUUACGAUUAAGGACAACGUCUUUAGCGAUAGUGUAUAGUAAUCCCCCCCCCCCUAACCAUAUACCCCUCAAAGCGGGUAUCCCUGUGGAGCGAAUCCCCCUAGACCUGUAGAUGAGCCGCAGCAAUUAUGAUCCUUAUUGUGAUCCUUGCGAUGGCCAGCAUUACGUAGCAUAAAGGACAACUACUAUUGAAUAAGAAA